AUGGGACCUGGUCAUUCUCAUUACCUGCAAGCACUAGAGUUAAGUAGAGGGAUUGCGAAUAUUUUGAAUUGCACUUCAUGGAGUGGGGUUGGUCUUGGACUAAUGCGUGCUGCUACUAAAGGUGCUUUAGAAGUGGGAAAACCAGUGGGUGGAUUAAAGAUAGGUAAAGAGGCUGAUGAAGGGACAGCCUCAAAUUUUCAUCUGUUGGUGGAUGCUGCAGUUAGGAGCAGUAGUUCUGAUAGAAUUGCUGUUGUUGCUCUUCCUGGUGGUAUUGGUACUCUAGAUAAGCUAUUAGACUUUCUUGAUGAUUGUGAGGAAUGGGGUACAUUUCCAAAAGGAGAGGUUGCAUCACUAUGGAUGGUUUGCAAAAUAAACUCAGAGGCUUUGGCUUAUUUAGCAGAAUUGAAUAAUCUCCCUCUUAGUGACAAAUGUAGAAGUGAAACUGAAAUAUGUAAUGGCAUGAAGAAUUUUGCAUGUCAAAAAGCAUUCCAAGAUUUGGAAAUGGAUGCUUUGAUGUCUCUUUGGAGUGGCAAUCACAUGUCAAUUAAUCAGGAAUGGCCUGCUUUGGUAUUUGGGAAGCUAGCUCGAGUUGGAGUUGUUACCGAAGGGAAUGCUUGCUAUAGUUGCUCAUGCCCCUAUUGA